GGCGUGGUUUUCGGCGGAGGGCGCAGAAUGAAAGCGGAGCGAGUCCGUGUUAGUAAAUACAAAACCGUGUGAAGACGGAAUAAAAGAGCACUGACACAAAAGCGGAAUAAAUACAGCACUGACAGACACAUAUUCAAGCUCUGGCGGGCGGUUUUGCUGACUCCGCCGAUGGAUGAUGAGGAGGAUGAACAGCUUCCUCGCUGCUGUGAAACGCCGCUAAGAAACAAGCGCUCAGAGAAGAGAGACGCCCACGGUGGAGACGUGGGACAAACAGCUCACAGACACGCAUCCACACAGACUGCUGGCUCUGUCCUCAAUUCAGCGAGAGACGCAGAUAUGGCACCAUUCCAGGGCUCACAGAGAGAAGCAUCAUCUCUUUGCAGAGUUGUGGGUGCUAGGACUGCAUUCAGGGCUCCCUGUGGAACUGGGGGCCUUGUGUCACUUACUAUGGGCCCCGGAGCCCGGGGUGGGCCAAGAGCACUUUUUCAUGGAAACGCUGGAUUUCGUGCACACUUCCCUGCGCUGUUCGAACCCGCCCUGGAUGGCUUACAAAACGCCGAACAGAGAGAGCAGGACGAAGGCAGACCAGAAGAAAAAGAAGAGGAUCGCGACGCAGGGAUUAGCGUGGAGGUUCAGAUUGGACGUAAAUUACGUGAAAUGGGGGAUCAGUUUCAGCAAGAGCAUCUUCAGCUGUUUACUCAAAGGGGCCAAAUGGGUUUGUUCCAGCUCAUGACGUCGAUCUACAACUUCCUUUUUCCCCAAGAGAGACCCCAAAAUGCAAGAGCCCACAGAUGAGAGCACACAACGCACUUGUUCAGGACCCAAUCUGAGUUUUGCAUAAAGCUCUGACAUGCGCAGAUCUGGAUUUAUGUGACUCAAAAAGAAGGUUGCCGCUGGUCGGAGACUUCUCUCCUUUUUCUGAAGAAGCCAUACUCAAAGUGAAGCAUUGGUGGAAUAUUUUCUGCUGGCUGCAUAUCAGUAUGAGCACAUUAAUAUUCUGCCUUAUGUUCCCCCCAACGUACAUUCACAUAUGAGUGGAUCUCAGAUCGGUGAAUGCCUUAAAAAAAUCCCUCAAAGGAAGGAAGAACUGCUUUAAUAGGCAAAGAGCUGUGAGAAUACUCAAGGUCUGCACACUGUAAUGUGUGUGUUUGAGUAUUUGUGGUGAUUUAAAUACACCUACUGAACCCCGGCACAUCCAGAAGACUCCUGGUGAAUCAUGGCUUGUGCUUGGUUCACCGCUGUUAUCCUCAGUCCUAUUGAAGGACAGGAUGGAUAAGAGAUGUAAUAGGCCAGUAACAUGUUUCCGGACACACAAAACCUGAAAAGGUUUGCAGAAAACAACUUGAACAUCAGGUUCUACCUGUAUAUCAAUAAUGAGCCAUUUUCUAGAACAACACGGGGACCGAUAUGAAUUUUGUGAUUUCAAGAUGCUGAAGAUUGUGUUUAGACAUCAUGAAAACAAUUCAAUUUACAACAAUUCAGAAAUAUUAGUUUGCCUUAAUGAAUUCUACUGUCAUAUAUCACACAGACUACAUAAUGCCAUGGUUUCUCUCAGGCACUGAAGUAUUACUUUAGAAAUCAGUGUUCAAAACAUCUUAGUAAUUGGUGAAGAUCAACUGUGCUCAAAGAGCAAUACACCAAAUCAUCUUCUACAGUUCAACUCAAGCGAUAAAUGCAAUCAAAACCAACAAAUCCAUAAUGAGAACCUAUAAGUUCUGUAUUAGUAUGUAUAUGUCAAUUAAUAGUAACUAUAAAGAGGUUUAUAUAAGGCAACUGUAAAUGUUUUAAGAGGGAAUGCGUCCUCGAAGGGAUAUUUUGCUCAAUUAUUAUUAUUUUUCAUCAUUUACUCACCUUUUAUUUCAUUUGAAACAUUCCUGUAUUUUCGUCAGGUAUGGCGUCUUAUUUAAUUUAGGCGGGAAGUAAAGAAAAGCUGAGGUAAUGACGAAAAUCGCUUAAAAACAUACAAAGCUAAUUGGAAAACUUCAUUAUACAUCCGCAAAAAAAAUAUAUGGUGUCUACCCAAGUUUGUAAAUGAUUAGUUUUUAUUUUAACGCGAAUUGUCCCUUUAAGCACGAGGACGACGAUGAACUCAGAUGCAUUAGAUUUAUUUACAGAGCGUCCAGAGAAACGGUUAGCUCGCGCCAUCACGUGACCGACUCAUGACCUGGCGCGAUAUGAAUAUUUAAGAGUUUGUAUAUGAUAAGAUAUAAAGCGAGGGAUUUUAUUUUCCAUAUAUAUAUUUGUAAACUCACAAUGUAAAGUGAAAGUAUUAUAAAUAUGAGAUUUAUAAUUUAAGUUAUUACAGAAUAGAUAUCGUUCCAUGCUUUCUUUUGUGGUACAAUCUUCUGAGGUGCCUGUACUUUGCGGUUUACAAUUUGACAUGGUUUGCUUGUGCAAUGCAUUAUCGAUAGAUUUAAUCACAUAAUGUCGUCUGUAUAAUGUUAUUGGAGACCAUGAAGACGGUGUGAAUAUAAUGUAGACCGUCAGAGUCCACAUAAUUCACAUUAUUACCAUUCCGAUAUACACUAGCAGUCAAAAUAUGCAAAUGAUAAGAUUGGUUAAUGUUUUAAAAGAAAGAAAUUUAUUUAUUUGAUAAUAAAAAAUAAAGCAAAAACUGUGAAAUAGCCUAUGAUUACAAUUAUAAAUGUUUUGCAAUUUCUUUUUAAAUAUUUGAUUUAUUCCUGUGAUUCAAAGCUGAAGUUUCAUCACCAUCAUAGCUUUUAUUUGCAAUCGUUUUUAACAUUAUAAAUGUAUUAAUGAUGUAAAAAAAAGCUUAAAUAUUAGCUUGUACUUUCUUUAUUAAUUUUAAAAUUAAUUUAAUUUUUUUUUUAAUUAAAAUGUAAAUUUCCACAAUACUAUGAAUCAGGACAAAAGAUUUUCAGCACUGAUCAUUAUUAGAAAUUUUGUACCAUCAAUAACUGAUCAUAAAAGAUCAUAUUACUACGAUUUCUGUACGUUCACUGAAGACUGGAGUAAUGAUGAUGAAAAUUCAGCUUUAAAUCACAGCAAUAGGUUAAAUUUGAAACUAAAUUUAAUAACAAAACCUUGUAAUAAAAUUUUACAGUAUUUUUGAUCAAAUAAUUGCAGGUUUGGUGAGCCAAAUUAGCUUAAAACAUUAACAAAAUCUUACUGUUUCUCUGAGUUUCAUUGAUUUAAUUCACAACAAGGGACUUUGUACAUUAAAAAACAUUCCUCAAGAACGUAAAUGUACCCACAUUCCCCCAAAGACUCCCUUUUUCCAAAGGUUAUAGGCCUACAAACCAAUACAAAUCAUAAACAAAACUUAAAUAAACAACAACAGCCAAAAAAAAAAAAAACUAUGUUCACAAUGUUUAUUAAGAAGCCAUUUCUUAACAUUAUAAGAGAUUGUUGUAUGAAAUUUCACUGAUGUGAUGCUGUGAAAUAAAAAAGCAGCUUGACCAAAAGAGGCUUUUUAAAAAUACUGCAAUAGCUACACCUCAAUCCAAACUUUUGACUGCUAGUGUAUGAAUAUACAUAUAUAUUCCGAUUUCAGCUCAUUUUCUCUGGCCAAGGUGAUUUUUCCAGUGCUGUGCUGUGCUUGUCCUGUUGUUCUUCUGACAGGUGUGCCUCAUGCUUGUGUAUUGGUAACAAUGACACUUGCAGACAAUCAAAACAGCUGAAGGUGCCUUAGAACAGCAGGCCGACGAUGAGGAUUUGAUGCCAACAUCUCGAGCACCCAAACAAACAGACAGACAACUGUGGAUUAUAGGUCACAAAUGAACUGGUGAAUUUAUGAAUACCUCCACCUAAACACCAGGGAGCUCAAAUAGACUAUCAAUGAAUGAACAAUGACGGACAGGAACAGGCUGCUGCCUCAUUUAUCUGAAAUGCCCUUUCAAAUGCACUUGUUUCAGAAAAAGAAGUCAAAAGAAAAAAAAAAAAAAGGUCUAAAACGGCAAGCUGUUUUUACUUUUAUUUUGGAAUGUGUACGGGAUGUUAAUGCGGAUUGUUUUUUUAAUUUUGCUACUUGAAAUAAUUAUACAGUUUGAUAAAUAUAUGAUGAAAUGCUGUUAUAAAAUUGUCAGAUAAGAUGUCUUUUUUUACCUAUAUAUCACAAAUGCUGUCAUAUAAAUGCUGAAACUUUUUCUGCAACCGUCACUGCAUUAAAAUAUUUAUGGAUACUCA